AUGUAUGAGGAAAACUCGACAAGCAGCUCCUCAUCAGCAGAGGCCAUGAGCUGGGCAGGUCCACUGCGGCUCCCUGGGGUCACUCGCCCGCUCACUCUGUCCCCGAGUGACGACUUAGGCACCCCAAACUGCUUUGCAGCCUGUCUCACAGUACAGCGCCCCGACUUCACCUCAAUCAGCGCUCGCUCCAUGGCCUCUUCUGUCCAUCUCUUCUUCUUUGUUCUACCAAUUUUGUCCAAAUGGUUUCUGGAUGGCAUAUUUUUGUCUGGGGCGACAGAGAUCAGGCACACAUGA